GUUAGCAGGCAGGCGAUUAGAAAAAAAGUAGGUGGGAGUUUUGUACUGAUCUCCUGCUAAUAAUCAUCCUCCAGGCUCGAGCUGAAUAGCGCUUCCUCUACCGCGAGGGAGGCGACAGCAGAGCGCAGACGACGCUGGCGCGCGCGGACUCCACUUCUAGGGAGGAAAAAAUGAACUUUUAAAACGUUCAUCAACGACUUGGAUACUUUAUUCUCGACGCCGUUGCUUACAAAUGACUUACACUAAAGAUGUCCGUGUUGCACACACUUGGCCUACGGAAGUUCACGUUUUAGGAAGUCAGAAAGUUUGCAGCAACUUAUUCAAGAAGAGGACAGAAUCGAUUUGCCAAUAACGUCUUUGCCAUCGAAGGGAGCGAAGGGCUGCGAUGGAUACGCACGUAAAAGAGGGUCAACUUUACGUUCAACAUCAGAAAUUCGGCAAGAAAUGGAAGAAGAACUGGUUCGUGCUGUAUCCGGCCAGCCAGAAUGGCAUCGCGCGGCUGGAGUUCUACGACUGUGGCAGCGGCGGUGGCGGCGGCAGCGACAAGCCCACCAACACCAAGAAGCUGGACAAGAAGAUCAUCCGGCUGUCGGAGUGCAUCAGCAUCCUGCCCGCACUCACGGAGAGCUGCCCCAAGGACAACAUGUCCGCCUUCUGUGUAGAGACCAACGACAAGACGUACGUCUUCGCCGCCGAGAAGCACGUCACCACCGACUGGGUGGAGAAGAUGUGCGAGAUCGCCUUCCAGCAGGGUGGAACUGGAACGCUAUCCAGCUCGGACUCCAAUGGACAAGAUCUCCAGAUGGCCGAGAACCUUAUCUACUACUCAAGAGAAGAAGUGAAUGAAUUUUGGGUGAGUGUGCAGAGGACCGAAGCCUCUGAGCGCUGUGGCCUGAUGGGAUCCUACUGGCUGAAGGCGGACGGUGAGACCCUGAUCCUGAAAGACCCCAAGAGCAAGAAGAACCUGCUGGUGUGGCCCUACAAGCUGCUGAGACGCUAUGGCAGAGACAGGGUGAUGUUUUCCUUCGAGGCUGGUCGGCGUUGUGAAUCUGGGCCGGGAAACUUCACCUUUGAGACCAAGCAAGGCAACGAGAUCUUCCAGAUUGUGGAAGGUGCCAUCCGUGAGCAGAAAGCUCAGGCGGAGGACCGCCACUCCAGCUGCCUAUCGCUUGACCCCGACUGCCCCGCCCUGCAGCAGAUCCGCAGUGCCAUCAGCGAGGGCAACAUCCGGGAGCCAGAUGGCGACUCCGGAUCGGGCGGCAGCAAGCCCGGCUCAGCCGACGGGGUGUUUAGCCGCAGAGAAGGGGCAGAUGGCAAGCACCUCAAAGGCCGUACGCUGCCAGAGCCCCCUGCCCCGGUUGGGGUCGGGGGAACCCCUCCCCGCUCCCCCAUGCACCGAGGCUCCAGGAGCGGGCCCUCAUCUCUGGACGACCAGUCCAACCUCUACUCAGAGCCGGCCGACUCGGUCCGCAUCCCGCCCAGCCCCAGCGAGUGCCUGUACUCGGACCCCGUGGACAGCCUCAAGAGCUCCAGCCCGCGGCUGAGGCCUCUGGGCGACGAAGGCGGGAGCCGCAGCAAUAGCAACAACAACAAACCCGAGCCCUUCUAUUCGGACAUUUACGACCGCGUGACCCUUGACCUGACUCAACGGGCGGGCGGCAUGUCGCUGGACGUGGUGUCCAGGCGGCCGGCCGAGGGCAGCAGGGCAGAGCACAUCUACGACGAGCCCGAGGGGCGUGCCACAGGCCAGUCCUCUUCCUUACCCCCGAUCCCCUCAGUUUACGACGAGGCUCGCCCCGAAGGACAGGCCUGGAGGACCCGAGGCAUGGACGAGUCGCAGGGCCACGAGAUCCCGUACAACUCGGCGCUGGACGACUACUCGGUGCCGGCAUAUGGCAAGUCUCAAACACCGCACGCGACUGCUCGGCCCAAGGUGCCCCGGCCGCUCCCGGCCCCCAAGCCUGCCAAGGGAGGACCACGCAAAGAGCCUCCCCCUUUGCCACAAGGGAAGACAGGGGCCAACCUGAACAACAAUAACAGCAGUAGCAGCAACCAGAACCGAGGAGGUGGAGGUGUGGUGAGCAAGCAGGCCGAGCUGUACAGCAAGGUCUCUAAGCACAAGCCAACUCAAGCAAACACCUGGUAUCCUCAUCCUGCCCUCCGCUCCCCAGACAUCAUCUAUGACAACCUGGGAGAUAUCUGAGCCUAUCGUGAUAACACAAACACCCGACGAGACGUAGAUUCCCAUUGAUUUCCUCCGGAGUUGGGUUCAUUCUCUUGUGUGUUCAGGGUCUUGCCAUUUCUGCCAGUGUUCCCAAGUUUGGACUUGGAAUUUGGAGCUAGUCCAAACUUCUCCAUCUCCUUUGUCUUGGUCGACAGCUCUGUUAAUGAGAUACUGAACUGGCGACCAGAGGCAUGGCACUUGCCUGCUCCCACCGUUCUGAAGCAGGAGGACCACCACAUUUUUUUGUGUCAGGUCUGUAAUAGAAGGCGAAAAAGAUUUAUCAGUAGCCUAGUCAAUGAUGAGAGAAAAACUACCAUGUUGAGUGCCUCAAUCGGAUUUCCUUGCUUGAAACACAGAAAGGGUUUUAUGAAACGGUCAGACUCAAUUGGUGGACAUGAAGGUGAAGUGCAUUGUGGGACAGUGGAUGUUACAAGUGAGGUGGAAAGGACAAGUACUGUAUGACCAACUCUGGAGUGGGUGACAGGGAGUAUUGCUUUUAACUGGAAUGAGAAACAGUUUUUGCACUUAUGUUUAAUGAACCACUGCCCCCCCAAAUGAUAGUUCUGUGAUGCUUUAAAAAAAAUAUAUGAAUGAAAAUGUAAAUUAUUUAACAAAAUCCUGUUUCCUUGACUGUCUUACUUGUCAUGGUGGUGAAAGCAAUUGUGGAUGGACUGAAAAGAUCACUACACAGAAACCAAACCUGUGUUUUUUCCUAUGUACAGUUUAUUUUUUAAAAUGAUGAGAGAAGUUAACCCAUAACUGUUUUUACAUGUGUGCGUGGUUGUGUGUCUUUGUGUGUCCAUCAAAAUAACAGCUGUGCUGUUGUAAAUAUGAUGUAUGGACGUUGGUAAUAAAAAAAAAAAUCCAAACCGUUCAACAGCA